AUGGCCGACCUGAUGGAAAUUGACAGCCGCACUCCGAGAGGGACAAAACGAUCCGCGGAAGAAGCUGGGUUGCCUCCAGAAGCACCGCGGCGGAUCAAGGCGCAUGUCAUCAACAAGAUCGCAGCUGGUGAGAUUAUCGUUGCCCCAAUGAACGCUCUCAAAGAGCUCCUUGAGAACUCGGUCGACGCUGGUUCAACCGCCAUCGAGGUCUUGGUCAAGGAGGGUGGACUCAAGCUGCUCCAGAUCACAGACAACGGACAUGGUAUUGAGCGAGACGACCUGCCCAUUCUUUGCCAACGCUUUACCACCUCCAAGCUCAAGCAAUUCGAAGAUCUCAUGUCGAUCGGCACCUAUGGUUUUCGAGGAGAAGCUCUUGCAAGUAUCAGUCACAUUGCCCAUCUCAGAGUCACUACAAAGACUGCUGGUUCGAGCUGUGCCUGGCAGGCUCACUAUGCUGACGGAAAGCUGACGGCCACCAAACCUGGCCAAUCGGCCGAGCCAAGGCCAACUGCUGGGCGACCAGGGACGCAAAUCACGGUAGAAGACCUCUUCUAUAAUGUCCCAAGCCGAAGAAGGGCGUUUCGUUCGGCUUCUGAGGAGUAUGCAAAGAUACUAGAAGUUGUUACCAAGCACGCAGUACAUUGCUCGCACGUUGCAUUUUCGAUCAAGAAGCACGGUGAGUCCGGCACAGGGUUCGCUGUCACAGCAGCCGCCACGAAGCAAGACCGAAUCAAACAAGCCUAUGGUGUUGGUGUGGCGAAAGAGCUGAUUGAAUUCGGUACCGAGAGUUCCAAGUGGGGAUUCAAGGUGUCCGGCUUUGCCACAAACGCCAACUAUAGCGCGAAACGGACUAUGGUGUUGCUUUUCAUCAACCACAGAUCUGUCGAGUCCCCGGUGGUCAAGAAGGCUAUCGAGCAAACGUAUCAAUUCUUCCUUCCCAAGGGCGGCCAUCCUUUCGUCUACUUGAACCUCGAGAUCGAGCCAGGCAGGGUUGACGUCAACGUCCAUCCAACGAAACGAGAAGUCCAUUUCCUGAAUGAGGACGAGAUCAUCGAUGAAGUCUGCGCGGAGAUCCGUGGGAAGCUCGCUCAGGUCGACACCAGCAGAACGUUCAAGACACAGACGCUGUUGCCAGGAGUACCGCCCAUGACCCCUAUUACCACUAGAGAUGCUUCUGAGGACUCAAGUGCGGAGGCUGGCCAAAGGAGUGCCCCCAAGACUCCUGCGGCAAGGAAGCCGUAUGAGAAUAACUUGAUCCGGACGGACUCUAAGGCCAGAAAAAUCACCUCUAUGCUUCCACCAGCGCUUAGCUCGCGGAACUCGCUCGACGAAGACCCUACAUUGGGAGACGGCCUCACGUACACGGACUCUGGCAGGGAACAGAUCCAGAUUCGGCUCACCUCGGUGAAAAACCUGCGAGCUGAAGUGCGUGAGGCUAUGCACACAGGCCUUACCGAGAUUUUCGCGUCUCUGACCUACGUCGGACUUGUGGAUGAGAGAAAGCGUUUGGCAGCCAUACAGUCUGGAGUAAGACUGUACCUUGUCGAUUAUGGCAUGGCCAGUAACGAGUUCUUCUACCAAGUUGGUCUGACCGACUUCGGCAACUUCGGCCUGAUCCAACUUCGACCCCCUUUGCAGCUGAGACAGGUCCUUGAUAUCGCUGCAGAUCUUGAGAUCGAGACAUCGCCCAGCUGUGCAGGCCUUGACAAGACUGAAAUUGUCGACAAGGUGUAUAAGCAGCUCAUGAGUAGGAAGGAGAUGUUGAAAGACUAUUUCUCAAUCGAGAUCUCUGACGCAGGUGAGAUAGAAGCUAUUCCUCUGCUACUGAAAGGGUACAUGCCCUGCAUGGCUAAGCUUCCGACCUUUCUUUUGCGGCUUGGACCAUUCGUCAACUGGACGGAAGAGCAGAAAUGCUUCCAGACGUUUCUGCAAGAGCUUGCUGCCUUCUACACUCCUGAGCGACAGGACAAUAAAACAACGAACGACCCCACUGACGAUGGCCAGAACAACGCCCUUGAUGCUAAGCGGCAGGACUUGGACCAUAUGCUCGAGAAUGUGCUAUUUCCAGCCCUCAGAUCUCGAAUUGUCGCGACCAACGGCAUGGUAAAGGGUGUAGUUGAAGUCGCCAACCUCAAAGGCCUCUACCGCGUUUUUGAACGCUGCUGA